AUGGCAGAGUUUUGCGUGACAGGGGGUGCUGGAUUCAUUGCAUCUUACUUGGUUAAGAGCUUACUGGAAAAGGGUUACACGGUGAGGACCACCGUGAGAAACCCAGGGGAUGUGACGAAGGUUGGGUUUCUCACGGAACUAAGUGGAGCCAAAGAGCGACUGAAGAUUUUCAAGGCAGAUCUGUUGGUGGAAGGAAGCUUUGAUGAGGCAGUGACAGGAGUUGAUGGUGUCUUUCACACAGCGUCCCCUGUUCUUGUUCCACACGAUGAGAACGUUCAGGCAAAUUUGAUUGAUCCCUGCAUAAAAGGAACCUUGAAUGUUCUUAACUCGUGCGUAAAGGCAAAAGUGAAACGUUUUGUGCUCACUUCUUCAUGCUCUUCCAUAAGAUACCGUGAUGAUGUGCAACAGCUGUGUCCUCUCAAUGAAUCUCAUUGGACUGAUUUAGAGUACUGCAAACGCUACAACCUGUGGUAUGCAUAUGCAAAGACGGUAGCGGAGAGAGAGUGUUGGAGGAUUGCACAAGAAAAUGGCAUCGACAUAGUUGUUGUCAAUCCCUCUUUCGUUGUUGGUCCACUGCUUGCACCACAACCAACAAGCACACUCCUCUUGAUACUUAGCAUUGUCAAAGGCUUGAAAGGGGAAUAUCCAAACACAACAGUGGGGUUUGUACACAUAGACGAUGUGGUAGCUGCUCACUUGUUGGCUAUGGAGGAUACCAGGGUGUCUGGGAGGCUUAUUUGUUCAAGCACAGUAGCUCAUUGGUCGCAAAUCAUUCAAAUGCUUCGUUCUAAAUAUCCUUCUUACCCAUAUGAAAUCAAGUGCAGCAGCCAGGAGGGAGACAACAACCCACACACCAUGGACACCACCAAAAUUACUCAGUUGGGGUUUCCUCCAUUCAUAACCCUUGAACAAAUGUUUGAUGACUGCAUCAAAAGUUUUCAAGACAAGGGUUUCCUAUGA